CGGUGUGGGCCUGGCUUUCCUGUUCUCCUGGCUCCUCAUUCUCCUGGUUUUUGCCACCUUCCUGGUUGGGGGCAACAUCCAGACGCUGGUUUGCAGGAACUGGGUCAACCAGGAGAUUUAUAAGUUCAUCGACACGCCCGGGAACCUGCCUCCAUCCAUGAACCUCACCCGCCAGCUCAACCUCAGGAGGGACUCCAACCUCAGCACCACGUACCGGGAGUGCAAGAGCGGCGCGGGGCUGUGGGAGGUGCUGCAGCUUGACAGGUCCUAUGACCUGGAUGAGCAUCUGAAAACCCCCAAGAUGAAAAACCCCGUGGUGCAGACCAGCCUCCCUGGCUUGGCGAGGAGCCUUGAGGGGCUGCAGAAAAUGCAGAGGAACGGCACGGUGGCGGGGCGGCUGGCCGCCGAGGCCCAGGCCCUGUGGCAGAUGCAAAACUCCACGGUGCAACUGCAGGAGGCUUUGGUGGCAAAGCUGGGGGAAAGUGUCCAGUUCCUCUCCCGCUUGGCACCGCACCUCCAGGAGCGGGUGAAGAAGACUCUGGCCACCACAGCCUCGGUGGAAGCCCGGCUGCCUGUGCAAGCUCAGCAGAUCCUCCGGCAGGAGAUCGGCUGCUUCACGAGGAAAGAGCUGCGGUACUUCGCACAGUACCUGAACUGGGUCGGGCAGACGCUGAGGGAGGACGUAGCUUCGUGCCAGCCACUCGCCACAGCCCUGGACAAUGGGCGAGUGAUCCUGUGCGACCGCAUCGCUGACCCUUGGAACGCUUUCUGGUUCAGCCUGGGAUGCUGCACCUUCUUUCUCAUCCCCAACAUCAUCUUCGCCAUCAGGCUCACCAAGCACUUCCGCCCCAUCCGCAACCGGCUCAUCUCUACAGGGUCAGAGGAGACCUGUCCCUUCCACAUCCCCCGCGUCACGGCACUCAAGCUCUAG